AUGGAUACUAAAGAACACUACAAACCAAUUCAUUUCCUUUUGAUUUGUCUGAUCAUGCAUCAAACCUUUGCUUUUGGAUCAAUCUCAAGAGGGAAAAUUUUGUGCAUAAGAAAGGAGAGGGAAGCUCUUCUCGAGUUCAAACGAGGUCUCAUAGAUGAAUAUAAUCUUCUUUCAUCAUGGAGAAACGAGGAAUGUUGUGCUUGGAGGGGUGUGGAAUGCAGUAAUACAACUGGUCGUAUACUCGUCCUUAAUCUUCGUAUAGGUACAAUUGAAUCCAACCCUGAUGGUCCUGAUAAGGAUCUCAUAUUGACAGGCAGCAUCACUUCUUCAUUGGUUAAGUUGGAGUAUUUGAAGUACUUAGACCUUAGUUCCAAUAAUUUUGGAGGCGACGGGCCAAUACCAAAAUUCAUUGGAUAUCUCAAAAGAUUGGAGUACUUAAAUCUCACAUCUACAUACAGAGUUUUUACUGGUCUAAUUCCUCUCCAGCUCCAAAACCUUACCUCCUUAAGGACUCUUGAUCUUCGUGGCAAUUAUUUAACGGUUAAUAGCCUCGAGUGGCUUUCUCAUCUAGUGCAUUUGGAGUACUUAGAUCUAAGUUUAUCCAAUGUGCAAGCCAAAAACUGGUUGCAACAGAUAAGUAAGCUCCCAAAUUUGAGGGAAUUGCAUUUGUUUGGUUGUCAACUCCCCAAAAUCAUUCCUUCAUCACUUAUCUUAGCUAAUAUUUCCUCCUCUCGUCUUUCCAUCCUCGAUAUAUCCUCUAAUAGAUAUUCGUCCCCUGCAAUAAAUAGUUGGUUAUUUAACUUCACUAGUCUUACUAGCCUAGAUCUUUCGAGCAAUGAUUUAGGCAAAAUGGCUAGUGGCUUUGGCUACUUGAAAUCUUUGGAACAUCUUAAUCUAUUUGGUAAUAGUAUUCAAGGAGGGAUACCAAGGUCUUUAAGAAAUUUAAGUCGUUUACGCUCUCUUGAUGCUAGUAACAAUAACUUGUUAAGUCAACCGUUUUCUGAGUUGCUUGAUAACUUAGCUGGGAGUAAUCAAUCGCUUGAAUAUCUGUCCUUCGAGGGAAAUGCACUCACUGGCUCAUUGAUUAAUCUUACUAGAUUUUCAUCCUUGAAGGAAUUGAAGCUACGAGAAAACUCGCUGGAUGGCAUUUUCCAUGAAAGCUUUAGACAAAUCUCCAGUCUUGAGUAUCUUGAUUUGUCUAGUAACCAAAUGACAGGGUCAUUACCAGACUUGGAAUUCUUUCCAUCAUUGACAGAGUUGAACUUACGGUCCAAUCACUUUUAUGGAAUGAUACCACAAGGUUUAGGGAAGCUUUCGGAGCUUAAAAUCUUGGAUGUGUCUUUCAAUAGAUUGCAAGGCUUACCGGAUAGUAUGGGGAAACUCUCCAAGCUGAAAAUCUUGGAUGUGUCUUCCAAUAGACUGAAAGGCUUACCGGAAAGUCUAGGGCAACUUUUCGAUCUUGAAAGUUUUGAUGCUUCUAAUAAUUUGUUAGAAGGUACGAUCUCUGAAUCUCAUCUUUCCAAUCUUUGCAACUUGAAGAGUGUAAAAUUGUCUUCCAACUCGUUGACUUGGAAUGUCAGUGUUGAUUGGAUUCCAUGUUUUCAACUACAAGUUAUCAGUCUUUCGUCUUGUAAUCUUGGACCGUACUUUCCAAAAUGGCUUCAAACUCAAAAUAGCUACUCAUUUCUUGAUAUCUCUCUUGCUAGUAUCUCAGACACAAUGCCUAGUUGGUUUACAAAGUUGCCUCCCAUGUUAUACUUUUUGAAUCUCUCUUACAACCAAAUCAGCGGAAAGAUACAAGAUUUAUCAGCCAAUAAUAUCGGUUCCAUUGUUAUAGAUCUUGGUUAUAACAAUUUUUCAGGACCCUUACCAACAUUUCCUCAUUUGGUUAGUGAAUUGCGUGUUGACAACAAUAAGUUUUCUGGAUCACUUAACUCCAUAUGUAAAAUUCGUUCACCUGUAACACUUGACUUGUCCAAUAAUCUCUUGUCCGGGGAGAUUCCUGAUUGUUGGGCUCUCAUGUCUGUUCUAACGGUCCUUAACGUAGCCAAUAACCAUAUAUCUGGAAGCAUUCCGUACUCUCUGUGUUCUUCGACAUCCUUGAGCUCUCUAUACGUCCGUAACAACAAUUUAAGUGGACAUUUCCCUGUCCCUUUAAAGAAUUGCCAAGGUUUGAAAGUCUUGGAUUUGGGACGAAAUAGAUUAAGUGGGAAAAUCCCAGAAUGGAUAGGGACUAAGUUGGCUGGUUUGGGCAUUCUGAGCCUACGAUUCAACGAAUUUUCUGGUAGCAUUCCUCCAAGUAUAUGUCAGCUUCAAUCUAUUCAGAUACUGGACCUUUCUGGCAACCAUUUAUCCGGAAGAAUCCCAAAAUGCUUCAGCAAUUUCACCACGCUGCGACUUUUGCAAGAUGGUUCAAGUGUGAACUAUGACUUCAAUCCAACUGCCGGUAGAGGAAUUUUAGUGUACAAAGGCAAUGCAUUUGUUCAAUGGAAAAACAAGGAAUCAGAAUACAGUAACACCUUGUGGCUUCUGAAAACCGUUGAUCUUUCUAGCAACGAACUAAUCGGUGACAUCCCAAAUGAUUUUAGCAGAAUGAAUGCAUUGCUGUCAUUGAACCUAUCAAGGAACAAUUUGACAGGAAAUAUCAUUGAAGGAAUUGGGUUGAUGAACAUGUUGGAGGUUCUUGACUUGUCGGUGAAUCAUCUCUCGGGGAAUAUCCCAAUAGGACUGGCUAACUUGACAUUUCUCAGUGUGUUGGAUUUGUCGAAAAACAACUUGUCAGGGAGAAUACCGUCGAGCACUCAAUUGCAAGGCUUUGAUCCUUCAACCUAUGGUGGGAAUAUUCAGCUAUGUGGACCUCCUCUUCCAGCAUGUCCUACAUUUGCUCCUUCAAAUCCUCAUGUUGUCUUUGACAGAACUUCUCAAGAAAAUGAUGAUGAUGAUGAGUUUCCUUCUAAAGAGUUUUAUAUUUCGAUGGCAUUGGGCUUCAUUGUCGCGUUUUGGGGAAUUUUGGGCUCUUUGUACUUCAAUGAUUCAUGGAGGAAUGCCUACUUCAAGUGGUUAAAUGGAUGUCAGAAUUGGCUUUAUCUUUCAUCAGCAAUCUGCUUUGCAAGAUUGAAGGCAAAACUGAGGGCCUGA